AUGACAAGUGCUUGUGAAACAUGUUUUUAUGAUGAAUUAAUUGUGCCACUUCUGCAACGAAUGGUAAAUCUGGAAAAGCUUAUUUUGAAUUUUGCAGCCAAUUGUCAAAAAACAUUUAUCGAUGGAAAUAAUUUAAAGAAGAAUAUAAUCAGUCAUAUGUCACGAUUAAAUAUAUUCACAUUUAACAUUCGUUCAAAAAUAUCUUUUUAUAAUCAAAUGCACUUACUCUCAAAUGAAGAUAUUAAAAAUACAUUAACAAAUCUAGGAGAUGACUAUAAAAUAAAUUGUUGUGUUGAUUAUUUUCCAAAAGAAAAAAGUGGUCAAUGUCAUAUUUACUCGUAUCCAUAUUCACUAAUAUAUUAUGAUAAUAUUACAAAUAAUUUUUCAGGUGGAUUAUUCAAAUACGUUCGCAGAGUAUCACUCUUUGGCGACCGUCCAUUCGAACAUGAAUUUUUUAUUCGAAUUGCUCAAACAUUUCCUUUUCUUAAACAAUUAACUGUAAAUAAUUUGACACCACAAAAUCGCAAACAAUAUGAAAAUUCAAACAACAACAAUCAAGAUUUGCCCAUCAUUAAAUCUCCUCAUCUUACUGGACUCGAUUUUAUUGAUGUCCAUGAUGAUUAUGUCGAGCAAUUCCUAGUCAAUGCCAAAACACUUCGUGAUGAAUUUAAUCGAUCAAAUAAACAAAUCGAAGAAUAUUUAUUAAAUGAAAAAAAAACUCUGACAACAAAUAUAGAUGAUCUUAAUAGAAUUGAUUAUUUAGAUUCAGAUGAUUUUCGAUCAAUUGAAAAAAAACUUUUCUCCAUAUCAUAA